AUUACUAUCUAUAUGACGGUUUCCUUUAUACAACGUAACCUUUGAUCUCACUAUAUAUAAAGCAUGCCAGACCAAAACCAUAGGACUCGAGAAACAGUACAAGAUCUUCGAGCUAGGUUUGGUCUGUCAGCGGAACUAUUCCAGACUUAAGAAUUGUCAUCAUGAAGGAGGAAAUGAAAGCCAGGACCAUGUUGGCAGCUAUCGUUCUUGUAUUUGCCGUGGUCAGUCAUGGUCUGAUGAGUCCUGCCAUGGGGAUGCUCGAGAGCAAGGGUGCCGCUGCCGGCGGAGACACCAGGUCUGCGAAGCCUACCCUUGGUGCCGGUGGUGGAACCACCGUGGACAACCACCACGCCAUCCCGCGAGAUCAGUACAGCAGCCAUGGAGGAGACGACGGAGCAGGCAGCGGUGGUGAUACAAACAACUAGCUGCGCAGUUCGUGUUCAUUCUCUCUGUGCCAAUUCCUACAUAUGCUUUGUGGCAAGCUGUUUGUGUGGGAGACGAAGGAGAUAUAUAUAAUUUUGCCAAAGCGCUACUCUUCGCAGUAUAUGAUGUAUAUGUAUCUGGAAAACCCUAGUCCUGUACAAUGACAAGGUGAUAAUGCACUCAUCAGGAGGUACAUAUGUACAAUAUCAAGAUGUUUGUGUAAUAAUAUCAGAAGCGAUGUGUUCUAACAUACUACUCUGAUGUCAAAGAUGUUGAAUAAAAGGACAAUAACCUAUGUCGAAUU